AUGAAUGAAGCGGAUAGAAGAAAGUUUACUUCUUUUGCACAUGCACAAUUAACUGUAGCUAAUGAAAUAUGUGAGUAUAUGGGAUGUCCUUUAGUCUUUUUCUGCCCAACAGGUUUGUUAUGUUUCUAUAUUUUAGAUAUUGAAGAAUGGAAGGAUUUGGAUUUCCUUAGUUUUUUUAUAUUUUCAUUUUUUUUAAAUUUUUCAGAGUAUUGUGAAUCGUCCGCUUCGCCAACUUUGGACGAGUCUGGUUAUCUUACUGUGCUUGGCGCUGAACUUCACCCUGAUAUUCGUAUUUUAUGGACUGGUAUACAUAUUUCAUUUUAA